AUGGCCGAUGAGGAGGAGACCAAGAAGUAUGAUGUCCCCUUGAUCCGCUUGAAAGACUGCUCCAGUCAGCUAGACACAGAUGACUUGGACGAGGAAGAGCGGAAAGCCUUGGCGGAAGUCUCGAAGAAGGGCUACUACCACGCCCGACCCAAGACGCAGGAGGCUCCCUCGCCCCAGCGCAUCGAGAACCCAGAGGAGCUGCCUCAGGCCCGACCAACCACCUCGAUUCGCAAGCGGACGACGUUCGAUACUUUUCAGAAGAAGUGGGACAAGUUCGACAAGGAGGAGCCUGAGCUCAAGGUGGUCGAGCCACAGAAACCUGUGGAAGAGCCACCUGCCCGGUCCAGCUUCUCCUGCUGCCGGAGGAAGAGGACAGCAGAGGGCCAGGAGGGCAACGGCAAGGAGAAGUAUGGACAGGAUUACCUUCGAAGAGGCGUCCAGCGGAUGACGAACCAUCAGAGUUCUGAUGUUACACUCCGAAGCGAACGGGAUGAACUCAUCGAUCUCAUCACGGCCGCAGGGGGCGGAAGCUUGAUGAGGGGCUGGAGGCAAGCUCUGGAUCCCCAAGGCGAACUCGAGGUGGACUAUGAUGACUUCUGCCGUGUGACAGGGCAGUGGCGCUGGGUCGGCGACAUCAAUGCCCUUUUCGGGGGCGAUGGCGACCUAGACCACCUCUCCUUGAUGGAGAUUGCCAACAAAGAAGGAAAGCUGAUGAACAACUUCAUGCGGUGGAUCAGGGAUGAGUUUGGUUCUCCGGCAGAUUUCUUCCUGGCCCUGGACGCCAACAAGAAGGGAAAGGUGGCGCGGCACACCUUCGUCUCCUUCUGCGUGAAUCGCGAUUUCAAGGCUUCUGAGGCGGACUUGAACCGAGUGUUCGAUUGCAUCGACACAGGCGAUAUCGGCUCCAUCGUGAAAGAGGACUGUAUAUUCCUGGAGCUGGAUCCAAUGAAGCGAAACGAGGAGCGCCAGCGAGGCGGCCUCGUGAGGGAGUGGAAGCAGCGCGCAGCCAUGGAGUUCCUGCAAAACGCACGAACUGGCUUGAAGCCCCUCCCUGGAGAGGAAAGUGUAGCUUUGCCCGAGCGCCACCGGCUCGCCCCCCGGCCCUGGCAGGCCGGUGCUUUCGAGCAGAUUCCCAUGGUCGUUUGCCAGCGGCGAUACGAGCGGGAGCGGGACACGCGCUUCAAGCGUAAGUGCGCGCGGGCGACUUUCUUGAAGCAGAUCUGCAUCUCCUAUGGAAACGAGGUCCGUGCCCUUCGCCGCGAUAUCAAGCCCGGAGGCCACCACAUGACCUUGACCGACAUUCGGAAGUAUUGUCGGCAGGUUGAUCUUCCAGUGGAAAUCUCCCACCUUUGGCAGAGCUUAGAUACCGACUCGGAUGGCAAGGUCCGCAUGGAGGAGCUGUGCUCCCCGCGUGCUGAAGUCCUCGCCAAGUUCAAAGAGUGGAGCCGCCAGAAAUUCGGCACCGCCAUGGCACUUUGGGAGACCCCAGAGGCCGUCCGGGCUCGAGCUCGUUGGCGAGGGCAGGGCCUCUGGAUUUCAGAUACCAAGAUGCUCAUCCCUGCUUUCGGCGAGGCGCUGCGCGAGCUCGAGUGGCCCGGAAUUCACUGCCAGGAGGAGCGGUCUUACGUGUUUAGCUCCCUGGAUUCCAUGGGCUGCAACCUGAUCACUCCGGAAGAUCUUGCCUGGCUAGACAGGUGGAUCCCCUCGGAGUUCCUGGCGGCAGAUCCAAGCCCAACGGCCUGGGCCGACCUCAAGGAGAUCCUCGUCAAGACGUACCAGCACCCGCUGCGUGCGUGGCGCAUCCUGGACAGGGACAACUCCAACCGCAUCGCUUGGACUGAGUUCCGAGACGUUUGCAAGAAGGUUCACUUUACCGGAGAUAUAGUCGGAGCGUGGCGUAUGCUUGAUACUGACAUGUCUGGCUACAUCUCCAUGCGGGAGUAUGAUCCAUCCAGCGAAGAGCUUCUCACCUCCUUCAAGGAAUGGGCAGACUCGAAUUUCGGAUCGGUUCGGCACUGCUUCAAGGCUUUAGACAGCGAUCGGAGUGGGUCGGUCACCUACGCCGAGCUCAAGUGCGUUAUCGGUAUCUCACGAUUUGGGCGUGCGGGUCUACUUCAGUGCCCUCAUCCAUUGGCUGCGUUGAGUCUGGAGAAGCAAACCCGGCCAAGUCCCAACCGCAGCACCGUCAACACUUUCCUGGUGAAGUGGGUGGGAACACCUUACACCGAAAACCCUACAGAGAUAUCUUUGUCAGCCUGGCAGAUGAAGUGGAUGGGCAAUGUGCGCACGUUGUUCGACUGCCUCGACCUGGAUUCCGCAGACCGGCCGCUCACUUACGUCAGCGAUUGA